UUGAAGAAGCGAUGCGUGCUCCGUAUACCUGAUGUACCUCCUCGGCCCGUAACUUGUAAGUACUUCCUCGUCCUGGAACCAGACGAAAGACUUCAGUCCUUUUUCUCCGCUAGUCAGAUCCCUGCCCGCUUGACACGGCCGACGUCGUCCAUUCACGCCGUUCCAGUUGACUGGCUCGGGCCAACAAGUGCAAGAUACCUACUUAGAUGGCCUGCCCGGUCUACAAGCUACCUAUCUAUCUAUAUACAACAUCCUGUGUUGCCUUCUUUGGCCCGACUCGGCUGUUUCUUCCAUGCUAGCCGUUAUCCUCCCGCUGUCCCUCUCUUCCUCUCUCGUCUUUUCUUCUUUUGUCUCUGUCACUGCUCCUUGUGCCUUGCUCCUCCCCUCUCUUUGCCACUGCCUUGGAUCUUGUCUUCCUCCGCUCCGUCUCACGAAUACUCCUCCUCCUCCUCCUCCUCCUCCCCGCUCACACUUAUCUCAACUACACCUCCCCCAUCUCGAGAGCCAAACCCAACCCGCCUCAGCUGCUCGUCCCCAGACGCCGCCAGACCAGUCGUACUUACAUCCCCCCCCACCAUUCCAUCUCUACUCACGCAAAAGAGGCUGGCUUACCCUUCUCGACCGACGCCAAGUCCUGCUGCCUCUGUCCAGACGCGGCUUCUCUCGCCUCCCCCACCACCAUUUCAGGACCCCUUUGAACCCCUCCACCACCACUACGACAAUCCCAGCCGAAUCGGCUCUCUCACGACAGCCGCGCAACCUCGCACCACCCCACCAUCUCGCACCUCACCAUCACAGCCCGGAAUCCAUCCACCUCUUCCGCGCCGACGUUCCCUGUCGACUGUCUCUUUCUUCUUUACCCCCCUCUCCUCUUUCGGAUCAUUCCAGGAGCAUCCUCAUAUUGCAUCUGCUGUGCCUCUUUUAAUCCGAAUUCCUGCCCAUAAAACAUUACACCAAACUCCUUGGCUUGACUCGUUGUCUCAUCAUAGCCAUAAGGACCUUUCUGGAACAGCCGCCAGUUGUUUGGGGGGGGGUUCUUUUUGCUGUUCUUCUUCACUGCUGCCCUGUCUUGAGUAACACGUUCUCGGGUAACUAUCUGCUUGUUCUUCCCGAGCUUGAUCAGAGUGUUCGACCUACACGCAUACCACUGAAGGAGAUAUGGGAUAUUGAGGUUGCAGGAUUAUGGUGGAGAGUCCCAGUAUACUCUUCGAACCCAAGACAUAAUGGCAACCCUACGCAUGGCAUCAGGCUUGCCGAGCCGUCCGGACGAGCCGAUACGAGCGAGAAGAGCCGCUGCCGCUGCCGCUUACACGGAACCAAAGGAAGAUGUACAGAACACGACGCGGAGAAUCCGGAGAGAAGGAGAGAACAUUCGUAUCGCCAUUCAACAACCGACACAGAGCAAGCCAGUAACACAGGCAACACGGAUUGCGUCCGCCCGACGCCCAUCUAUCCCCAUGGCUUCAAACCGCCUUCCGUUUCCUUAUCAAACACAGUCAUGGAGCUCCGGCAGCACGACUCUCGAGAGACCCAGUCACGUUCCAACCAUGUCAGGCUCGUCGUCGUCGGCGCUCUCCGAGACAAGCACUUCCAACCCAACACGCAAGGUACUGCGAAGGAAGCAGUCAUCCGUCGGUCAGAAACCCCCGAGUCUACGCCAUGAUUCAAACACCGACUCGACUCGGACAAGCUCCUCGUCGUCCGCUCCGCGACCGCGUUUUUCGCUAGACCCGGCUGCCGAAUAUCACCUUGACCGAGGCAUCACCGAGAGUCCCACCGAGAUUCGAAUCGCACACGUCGUUGACUUGCCCAAGACGCAGGCGCAGGCCGUUACCAUCUACCCCGAGCUCGAUCGGUAUAGGGAAUACGGUGGACGGCCCUCCAUGUCUUCGGAGGGCUCGAGUGCCGACUUUCUCCACAGACUGGCCACGCACGACCUACCACCACCCACCCCCGUUUUCUCCGGCACCAGCAGCCAGCUCAGCGCAUUCAGCGCUAGCCCUUCGACCAGGUUCUCCGAAUCAACGAGCCCGGGCCCGUACAGCCGCGAUACGACGCCCACGUCCAUGUCGUCACAGUCGCCAGGUCUGGUGGCCCCGAUACGACUGCCGGUGCCGAGGGUGAGGCAGGUGAGCCCGGCCAUGACGCGGCCGCCCGUCUCCGGGAGGAGAGCCGGAAGCAUACCGAACGAGAUGGAGGCGUUCAGCGCCGACCCUCAUGGUCUCGCCGCAGUACGCGAAUCUCUCACCUCGUCCUCAUCCAACUCGACGGUCCGUGAGGGCGACCGCAAGGAGACCAAAAAGAAAAGGAGGCUGUCUCCCUUACCGCCAAGCCCGCCGCCACGCAAAUCCUCUCAGAAGUUUGCCAAGAGUCCAGGCAACGACGAGUCGCCAUCAAAGACCUCCCUGGAGACCGCGGCGCCUCUCAUGACUUCGCCGAAACUUGUCCAAUCGCCCCCGCGGUUGGCGCCUGCCGCAUCACCGAGGGCAACACCCCCCGCUCGACCCAGCAGAGACAACACACCGGACCUGCAGUCGCAGCUCUUUGACCCAUGGCCUGUCAUCCACAGCAACCUCUCAUCUACUUCGUUGUUGGGCGACAGACGUGGGCCGGAACCGCAGAUCAUCUCGAGGUCAACAACUCCCUUGUCCUACGCUGAACCUCCCCCUCAGCCACUUGUCCGACAACAGGUGGGCAGGGAAGCUACACCGGCCCCACGAUCAUCCAAUGCACCGGAGACAAAGAAGAAUGAUGGUCGCGUAACUCGCACCCCGAGCCCCAACACGUCAACAUUUUCUCGUUUCGUCUUCUUUGGUCGUCGUUCCAAGACAACACCAGAGGCCCCCCAGGUCGAUAAGAAGGACAAGCCCGCCCGCAAGGGGCCCGCCGCCGGUACGGGACAUGAGGGGUAUGGACGUCUUGGGGGCAUCCGGAGAAAAAGUGGCAGCUCGACCACCAACUUGGCCCGACCAAGCCUGGGCCCCGGUUCAUCGCAGGACAGUUUGAGCAGCAGUCAGCCUUCUGACACCUUUCUCUUGGACCGAAUGAAUCCUGUUGUGAUUUCGGGCGGAGAGAUCAUCGAGAACAGAAACCACAGUGUAGACCUUGCCCGAUCCGAGAGCAACCAGAGUCUUGGCCAUGGCUCGGAGGUGUCGACAACAUCUAGCGCGGGGAGAGGCCUCGCCCCAUCUGCUAUUCCUCGAGGCCGUCCACAUCCGUCUCUAAGCAGCCGUCGCCCGUCGGACAGCAGCGAGUCCGAGGCCGUCACCAUGAAGUCCACUUUGGCCUUCAGGCGAUCUGUUCAGCGAUUACGCUCAUCGCCUGACCAGAGUCCCCUCAAGCUGCCUCAGCCCAUUAACACCGCCGGCAUCACAUCGCCGUCGAUCAACAGCCAGGACACGACCAUUCUUUCGGACGACUCACAAUUCGAAAUGCACCGUGAAGUGAUCCGCGGCCGAAUCGCUGCAGCCACUGCCCAACCCCCCAAGAAGCUCGUCAAGCGAGCGCGCUCUCCCAGGAAGUGGAAUCUCUUCAGCCGGUCUCAGAAUCAACCGAACACAAAGAAGGAGAAGGAAGCCAUACCAGUAGCUGCCACCGUCAAGAUUGUACAGCACAAGCCCGCAGCCUUCUACACGUUGAUGGAUGGCUCCGAGCAAGAAGAUACCAGCCCGCAAGACGUCGAGGAGAUCCUUCGAGAGGCCAAGGUUUUCGACCUCCCCUCUCCGCUGCCCUUGUUCAAGGAGAGACGAACUUCCUCGGCCAGCCAGGAGCAGAGAAGGGAAUCUUUGAGCAGGCUCCUGCAACCGACUAGGUCUUCGCAAGCUCGCAGGAAUUCAGCGACUGCCGCUCCUAAGUCGACGUCGAUCCCGGCGAUUCGUUCUAUGAAGCCGACGCACACCUCGCAAUCCAGCGCGUCGAAGCUGGCGGAAGCACGUCCAAGUCGUCUACCUCAGGUGGGCCGCAUUCCCAAGGUUGUCACGUCCCGGCCGGAGCAUACUUCGUCGAGGAGCUUUUCUCGCCCCUUCAACAGAAUUAGCUUGCAGAAGCAGCCCCAAGCUGCAGGAUUCAACCCCGAUUUUGUUGCCUCGGGUCCUACGCCGCCCGAGAUGUCCACUCCCGAGCUCUCCCGAGGCGAGUCUACAGAAACCAGUGAUAAGACCAACUCGGACCCGCGUACCUCCCUCUUGCCGGAUAGGACUCCGGAGAUGAUUCAUAUCGGCAACGAAUUUCUCACAUUCUCUCCUCGAAAGAACUCGGAACGCACCACGAGCACCGAUUCCAGCAGCUGCGGCAUGUACACUCUCGCAGACGCUCUGGCUUUCGUGCCGAAUCCUGAUGCCCCGCUCGUCGAGGACGAGAUCUGGGAUGAAUACAACGACCUCAUUGGCGAGGUGCCGCCAUCCGCAACCUCGUCAAGGGGCGUUCCUUUCCAUCUUGAGACGUACGGGUCGAGAAUUUCCAAGAGGUCCCUCAAGCCUCUCGAGUCUCCAACCAUUACGUCUCCACCAAAACCCCUGGAGAAGAGCGCCGAGGUCAACACGGGUGCUACCACGUCGAGUGUCUACAGUGCCGACAUGACCGAACGGCUCAAGGCUGCGUUUGCACUGAAGCCCGAAGAGGACUCAACGACGAUCGUUCCGGUCGCCGAGGUCCCUGCCAGCGUCAUCGAUCGUGAGAGCACGGAGCUGGCGCGCAGAGCAACGGCUGCGUCGCAGAGGAGUAGCGGUUCAUCUCGUAAGUCAAGACAAUCCGACUGCAGUUGCAGGUCGUCCGAGGAUGAGUCGCCCCUUUCUCAAGUCAACCUUCGUGUUGGCUCGAUGACUGUCAGCAAGUGGUUGUCCUUCGGGCACGUACUCUUCAGCCCGGCCAGAGACCAGCUCCUGGAUGUCGUCGGCUCACUGAAGCGUCACUCGAUCCUGGUUGUCGAUGGUCUUGGUAACGACGACUGGUCUUUUUACGCCGCCGAGACGUAUCCUGCCGCCACGUUCUUCAACCUGUCGCCUCGUGCCCCGCUACCGGAAGAGCACAAGAACUCGUCGAGCUUUCCUUUGAGUCCACCCAACCAUCACCAGAUCCAGUACCUCUCUCACACGGAAAAGUUCCCGUUCGGCCCGGAGAGCUUCACUUCGGUAGUUUUUCGCUUCGCUGCCGCUGCACCAGAGUCGCACUACCGCAACAUCGUCUCGGAGGCCCGCCGCGUGUUGAAGCCUGGAGGAUAUUUGGAGCUGUCCAUCUUGGACGUCGACCUCAACAACAUGGGAAACCGCGGUCGCCGCACAAUCCGCCGCCUCAAGGAGAGGAUCCACGAGCGGAACCCGGAGAUCAGCAUCGGGUCGACGUCCGACAUCAUUCUCCGCCUCCUCGGACGCAAAGGCUUCUCGGACGUCAAAACUUGCCGCGUCGGCGUCCCGGUCGCUAGUAUCAUCACCCGAUCGGACAGCGGCAGCAAGAAGCCUCCCGUGGCAAGGUCUCGAAAGUCCAAAGAAGUGCGCAGCCUCGCCGAGAUGAUGAAUGACGACGGCGAAUCGGCGGACGAGAACAUCACCAAGAUGGUGGCCAGGGUCGGCCGCUGGUGGUACACCCGCUGCUACGAGAGCGCCGCCGGCACGGCCAACAGUAAGAGCAUGUGGACCGACCGCGCCCUGCUCUCGGAAUGCGAGGAACUACGUACCAGCUUUAAGCUCAUGGUCUGCUACGCGCGUGUCCCUGAAAGAGCACGAACCGCGAGCAUAUGAGUUCUCGGUGAUCUUCCCCCUCUUUUUUUCUUUUUCGAUUUAAGCGCCUUUUUUGUUAUAUACCCUCGUUUUCCUGCAUACGCACACAAACGCACAGUACAUAAGCCGGUCCAACGCGCCUUGGUCACAAGGGAUCAACAUCAUCAUCAUUAGGGUUUUGGAAUGCAAGAGGAAACAACUCGCAUCAAAGAUUCAAGAGGGCGCAAGCCCAUCCAAUUCAGGCUCUCAAAACGUUUCAAUGAGUCCGCUAAAUUCUUUAAUCCAUCAUUUUCUAUACGACGGGCAGACCAGACCAGCCGGUACACAUAGGACGGCGGAUACGGGCGGAUACGCAUCAACUCCUCAGCUCGAUGUCUUUGGGCACGUCUGUCUUUGUUUCCUAUACUAUCAUGCCUAUUUUCCAUCUACACCUGGAGCCAUCACUGGUAAGUGAUGUGUUUCACAGUGUUGGGUUUAUGAAAACUCGUGGUCCUCCUGUACAAUGCCGGCUGGCUGUGCCGGGCCCCCUCCCUCAAACACACCACCACAAAAGCUUGAUCGGAUUGUUUUGCUUUCUUCUACCUUAUCUGCGAUAGAAAUAAUUUUGUGAUCGGAUUGGGUCGGAAAAGAAAGCUGGACUGGACUGGACACGGCUGAAUAGAAAGUAUGUGGUCCGACUAAUAUGUGAUGGCUGAGCCGUUGCACUUCUCUUUGGGAUUGUGUCUCUCUCUUUUUGGUUUCCGCUCAAUUGGGGCGCUGGGUUAUAUGGCUUACAGAAGGAGACAAUGUUGAUGAGAGAAGCGCAGAUGGCUUGAGGCCCAAAGUAGGGACGGAAACGAACAAGUACGAUACGAUGAUUAAUGCGUUGUAUGUAUGUCUAGACGAUUAU